AUGGGACACGGGGCUGUCUUCCUCGCCGCGGCUCUGGCCUCCCUCCUGGCUCCGGGGACGGGGGCUCCCGUCGGCAGGAAGGCCUCCCGGAAUAAGCUGCUGCUGGUGUCCUUCGACGGCUUCCGCUGGAACUAUGACCAGGACGUGGACACCCCCAACCUGGACGCCAUGGCGCUCAGCGGGGUGAAGGCGCGCUACAUGACGCCGGCCUUCGUCACCAUGACCAGCCCCUGCCACUUCACCCUGGUCACUGGCAAAUACAUCGAGAACCACGGCGUGGUCCACAACAUGUACUACAAUACGACCAGCAAGGUGAAGCUCCCCUACCACGCCACACUGGGCAUCCAGAGGUGGUGGGACAAUGGCAGCUUACCCAUCUGGAUCACAGCCCAGAGGCAGGGCCUAAAGACCGGCUCCUUCUUCUACCCCGGCGGGAACGUCACCUACCAGAACACGGCCGUGACGCUGAGCCGGAAGGAAGGCGCCCUGCACGACUACGGGGACGAGAAGGAGUGGAGGGCCAACAUCGACACGGUGAUGCGGUGGUUCACGGAGGAGGGCCUGGACCUGGUCACGCUCUACUUCGGGGAGCCGGACUCCACCGGCCACAAGUACGGCCCCGAGUCCCAGCAGAGGAAGGACAUGGUGAUGCAGGUGGACAGGACCGUGGGCUACCUUCGGGACAGCAUCAGGAGCAGCGGCCUGGAGGGCAGCCUCAACCUGAUCAUCACAUCCGACCACGGCAUGACCACCGUCCACAAGAAGGCCCAGGACCUGGUGGAGUUCCACAACUUCCCCAACUUCACCUUCAAGGACAUCGAGUUUGAGCUCCUGGACUACGGGCCGAACGGGAUGCUGGUGCCCAAGGAAGGGCUGCUGGAGCAGGUGUACGGCGUCCUCAAGGACGCCCACCCCAGACUCCACGUCUACAAGAAGGAGUCCUUCCCCGCCUCCCUGCACUACGCCAACAACCCCAGGAUCACCCCCUUGCUCAUGUUCAGUGACCCCGGCUACGUCAUCCACGGGAGAGUGAGCGUGCAGUUCAACAACGGGGAGCACGGCUUUCACAACGAGGCCAUGGACAUGAAGACCAUCUUCCGGGCUGUGGGCCCCAGCUUCAAGAGGGGCCUAGAGGUGGAGCCCUUCGAGAGCGUCCACGUGUACGAGCUCAUGUGCAAGCUGCUGGGCAUCGUGCCCGAGGCCAACGACGGCUCCCUCAGGGUCCUGCUGCCCAUGCUGCAGGACACCAGCACGGGGUCCCCGGGCACCGUGCCGCCCACGCCGCAGGACACCAGCACGGGGUCCCCGGGCACCGUGCCGCCCACGCCGCAGGACACCAGCACGGGGUCCCCGGGCACCGUGCCGCCCACGCCGCAGGACACCAGCACGGGGUCCCCGGGCACCGUGCCACCCACGCCGCCCCCAGGUACGGUGCUGCCGGCCGCCUGCCCCUAUUCCACUGCCAGGCACCUGUGA